AGCAGCAGCAGCAGCAGCAGGAUAGCAACGGUAGAGAGUUAGUGCACUUACAGUGGGGUGUCUCCGUGUUACUAGCGGCUGUUUGGCUAAAUAAGCGACCUACCUAUUUGCAAUGAAUGCACCGGGUGUCGAGUUUUUCUCAGUAGCAACGUCGGAGCUACAAUGAAGGCUGGGGCUUCGUCGGUGUGGGCUUCAUGCUGUGGUCUGCUGAAUGAAGUCAUGGGUACCGGGGCCGUCCGAGGCCAGCAGCCAGGGUUUGGUGCCGGUGCCGGCCCCUUCAGGUUCGCCCCCAGCGCGGGAUAUUCCACGUACCCGCCCAACAGCUCAGGGAACCCCGGCCUUGUCUGUAAGGCUUGUGGACAGGCCUUCUCAGUCUUCAGGAGGAAGUACACUUGCUGCGACUGCAAGAAGAGCUUCUGCUCGCUGUGCACUGAGGUUCUGGAGAGCCUACGCAUUUGCGCCACCUGCCAUUUGUUGAAGGCCACGGCGUUCCAUCGGCCGCGGCUCAUGCGUCUGCGAGUGAGGGACCUGCGUCAGUAUCUGCUGCUGCGGAACAUCUCCACUGACACCUGCAGGGAGAAGGAGGACCUGGUCGAUUUGGUCCUCUGUCAUCAGGCUUUUGAGGUGGAGGACGAGGAGGAGGAGGAGGAGGAGGAAGACGAUGAAGAUGAUGACGAUGACGAGGUGGAGGACCCUAACACAGCCAGCCUCCUCUCUCAUAUUCAUCGUGCGCUAGCAGAUUCCAUCACACCGCCUGCCUCUGAGCUGUCUGCUGCCACCCUCGAGGAAUCGCUCAGCGGGAGCGAAAGUCUUGAAACCAACCAGGAUUCAGAUGAGACCACGCCAGUGUCGCUCCUUAACUUGGACUCCAGGGAACAAACUCCUCAGACGAGUCCUCAGACACGCUGUGGAGCCGGAGCAUCCGUCUCUGACAUCUCUAGCGUGGGGGACAUCAAGGGCCUGUCAGUCAGGCAGCUGAAGGAAAUCCUGGCAAGGAAUUUCGUCAACUAUUCUGGGUGCUGUGAAAAAUGGGAGCUGGUGGAGCGUGUCAAUAGAUUGUACAGCGAAAAGGAGAAGAAUACAAAUACAGUGAUGGCCUUCCCCUCUCCUCUCUGCAACGGGGCCAUCGGAGACGGUGAAAAGUGUCCUCUGACGCUCCAGGACGACAACCUGUGCAGGAUCUGCAUGGACGCGGCGAUCGACUGCGUCCUGUUGGAGUGCGGUCACCUGGUCACCUGCACCGACUGCGGCAAGAGAAUGAACCAGUGUCCGAUAUGCAGGCAGUACGUCGUGAGAGCUGUGCACGUUUUUAAAUGCUAAUGCACCACUGACUCAAAACCCCCCAAUUCAGAAAUGCAGCUCAUAAAGUUUGAAUCCUACAAAAAAAAAAAAAAAAAAAAACUUAUUUUCAGAUCUUUAUAUUGACGAGAGUCUUCAUGGUCAUUCGCACACAGAAAAAUAAUGUUUUCUUUCUGUCUUUUUUUUGGGGGGGGGGGAGAAUUUGACUUUGGUCGACCAGGUAGUUUUUUUUUUGUUGUUGUUUUUUUUUUUACAGUAUUUCAAAGCCAAGGUUGCGGGGCAGAUUUUAUUGUUUUGUAAACAUCCCAUUCCUCAUUUCUGCCUGCGAACUGUAGCUCCUCCUCAGAUCUACGACUCUUUACCUGCUGCCACAUGCGAACACAUAUCUUAGUACAGACUUGCACUGAAUCUCAGCAGAGGAGUGAAAGGUAGGUGCCAAACGACGCAGUCGCCUUGUUGCUUCUUUUCUCAUCUUCUUCCCUCCGCUGUGGGAUGACACUGUUAAUGUUUCAGCAUGUUGGGACGGAAAGCACUUUGCCCACGCUCCACGCUAAUGCAGCACCACUCACAACCCCACCGCACCUCACGACAGCUAAUGGUUGCUUCGAUAAUGCGCGCCUCUUCCUGAAUGCCUGAUGAGAGACGCUAAUUCUAUAUUUUUUUUCUUUUGAAAUGUUUGCCGUUUUAAAUGUGGCGCCGUGCAGCCCUCAAAGGAGCACACGCUCUGGCGAUUAUCUGACUUCAUGGUUGUGCUUUGUGAGGCCGAUGCAUUAUUAAUUGCGUCGAUUUCCUCCGUCGUGAAACAAGUGCUUGUUUCAGUGCGUUACCCGUUCCAGCGUUCAUGCAAGGUCCUCAUCACAGCAACGGCUGACCUCCGUCACCUCUUGUCCUGUCUCAGUCCGCGAACAGGAGACUCAAACUAAACUGGUGCUAACUCAUCCGAUCAUCUUCCCUGUUUUCUAGCAGACGUUUUUCACGUGAAGCUUACAUUUUCUUAAGUUGUUGGAAUGUAAUUUAUUAUUAUUAUUAUCGUUAUUAUUACGUUUGUCAUAUAUAAGAUGACUAAUGAAACCAUUUGAGUGAUGUGAAAGUAUAUCCAGAUAAUGACUUGUACAUAUAUCAGUCUGUAUAAGAUGUACAUAGCUCUAUUUUUCCAUUUGGUUUGAAUUGUGUGCGAAAAUGUUUAUUUUUUCAGGAUUGUGUUCUGUGACGUGGCCUGAAAUGUGUUGGAAAUGUUUUGGUUGGCUCGAGCUUUUCUUUGAACCACAGCAUAACAAGAAGCUUUACAUCGUUUCUCUCUCUAGUAUCUCCCUCCCCUGCUUAAAAACAAAACAAACAAAAAAAGUACACUCGCUGCUGUCACAGUGCAGAUGUCCGGAGCAAAUUGCACAUUUCUGUUACAGAAGGUAUAAUCAUGUACAAGGUGUGGUCUUUGUAUUUGCAGAUGUUGACAUUUAUAUUAUGGUAAAUUAAAAGAUUUUAAUUAAUGUCUUUUUUUUAACUAUUGUGCAUGACUUGCAAGAAACACCUGUGCUUUUCAAUAAAGUCGUUUGUUUCAGAAACAAAACAAAAAAAAUCCACGCUGCACUUUUUGUCAAUUUAAUUUGUUUAACCACGAGUUUGUAAUUGACAGUAUUUUUCUGAUAAUCUUAGAAGUGUAGAACAGAGAGUCAAACAGACUUGAAAAGUUGUGACAGCAGCUGCGUGGGUGUGAGGGGGGAGCAAUCUAAAUUUUUAUGUCAGGGGGCCCCAAGAUUCCUGGCGGCGCCCCUGCUCAUGAUCCUUCUAGCACCGCGCCUGGCAGUUUGAGGUUUUGCCAACCUUUUGCUUUCUAUGCCUUCAAAUGAAACGUGUUGUCUUUUGUGGGGUUUUUUCUCUCCCUCUCUCUCUCCUUCUCGAAAAGGGAAAUGAGGAAACUUUGGAAACAUGAGAGAUCAAAUUGUAAAUCGACUCCCCAGCAGACAUCGAAAGCUGCAGGACCUCCCUGAUCUCUCCUGCUCGGUUCGCCUUCAUAAAAAACCUACUAAUCCACAGCUUGCUCCGACAGCUGCUCACAUUUACCAUUAAUCGGCUGCACUAAUGAGUCAGAUCUCGGCCAUUAAGCGCACCACAGCAAGUUCCAGAUGAACCGCGCACUUUGAGUGGGAAUCUCAGCCACGUUUUGGCGCAACUCUCGCUGGAUUUCACUGUUCCGGUUUUGACAAAGCCGGUUGGUUUUCCGAGCACGUUUCGAAAAUAGUCCGUGCAUUUUAAGUCCAGGCCAAUACUGGAAGCUCGUUGAUCGUCACGCAUCGCUCAAAUAUGGCGGCGGGACAAAAGUUCAGGCAUUUUGGACACGAUGACAGUAAGUUUGUUUGAAAGGUUGUCACGCAUGCUUGCGGCGGCAUCAUGCUGAGGGACUGGGUCACUGCCAGUGGUGCUGGCGCCACAAACCAAGAACAACUUGGAACAGCGGAAACAACUUAAGGAAGAGUUGAACAAUGAUGAGUGGAGCCAGUUAGCGGCUUAAAAGUCCAGAUCGAGAUUUUGGAAAAUCGAAUUAAUCGAAUGAGCCUCAGCAGUUUCUGAUGGGGAGAAACUGCUUGCAUCAUUAAUAAGUCAAAAAGUCUCGAUGAUGAUACAAAUUAAGUUCUUUUAAUGCAAAUUAGCACUUCUUUUUUGAUUUACAUGUAUAAACAUAAUCACAUUCACCUGAGGCGAGAAAUUUACAGCACAACACCCAAAAAUACAACACCGACUGUAUGAAGUAUAUUUUUAAAUGUAUGCAAAUAACUUGCAGAGGUCAUAAUUAGUUGCCCUUAUGGCUGUGUGAGGCUGCCUGCUUUAAAGCCACUGUUAGAUUGGCUUUAAUUGACUUUUGGGCACCAAAACACAAACCCGGUGGCAGAUGAAGAGCUCCAGCCACCCCGAUAAAUUAUUCACACGCAUCAUUUGAACCAACUAUGUGAGACACCUAUGUCAAGUCACUGAAAAAACAAAUAAAUACAAACUGUAAUAAAAAUAUAAAUCAAUAAAUUAAUAUUGAGAGAUUGCUGGAAACCGCUAAACAAAACGCCCCACAGUUAAAAGUCUUGUAAAACAUCCAAGGGUGUAACAGAAAUAUGAAAUUUAUCGCUUUCUCUGAAAUUUAUCUAUUUAAUGUAGCUAUGGUAAUUAAAUCACAGCACAUGCAUGCUUUUCUUAUCUGUAUGCUGAAGCGUCGAUGUCAAACAUGGAUUUUGGCACACAAGUAAAAAAAAAAAGAAAAAGGAAGCUAAGUUGUUCUGUUGAAAA